CUCUGCAAAAGAAAAAUAAAUAUAUAAAUAAACCACAAAAUCUAGUUUUCUUCCUUUUCCAAUUCCAAGAGAAAAAAUCACUGAAAAAAUCUCUCAGCAAUUCCAAAAUCGUUCUCGAUGUUUCCUCGUAUAAGCAACUCCGUAGUCGGGCUCCUGAACAGUAUCACUCUCCUCGCCGGUCUCGCAGCGAUCGCAUUCUCUCUCUACCUCCGAAUCCAUGGCGGAACUGACUGUCAGAGAGCGAUCCAGAACCCGCUUCUCAUCAUCGGAAUCUUCUUCGCCGUCGUCUCGCUGUUGGGAAUUAUCGGUUCUUGUUGCAGAAUCAAUGCCAUACUUUACAUCUACUUGACCGUCUUGUUCCUUCUCAUCCUUGGCCUCAUCGCCUUCACGCUUUUCGCUUUGAUGGUUACCAACAAAGGCAUUGGUCAGGCGGUUUCCGGUCGAGGUUAUAAGGAGUAUAAACUAGGCGAUUUCUCUCACUGGUUGCAGCAUUACGUGGUCAAUAACAAGAAUUGGGAUGAGAUCCAGAGUUGCCUCAUUGAUGCCCAAGUUUGCCGGAGUCUCGGCAAUGAUGUUCAUCAAACUCAAUCUGAUUUCUACAAGAAGAACUUGUCCCCAAUACAGUCGGGUUGUUGCAAGCCGCCGUCGUAUUGCGGAUUCGUGUACAAGAACGCAACGUUCUGGGAAGUGCCGAAAUCGGGGCCAGCGGUGAAGGACAGUGACUGCACAACAUGGAGCAAUGAGCAGGAGAAGUUGUGCUACAAUUGCAAGUCAUGCAAGGCAGGGAUGCUUUCCAAUAUUCGGAGAGAAUGGAGGCAUUUUGCCAUUUUCAAUUGCUGUGUGAUCGUUCUUAUUACCAUUAUCUACUGUGUUGGAUGCUGUGCUACCAGCAACAACAGAAGAUCCAAGUAUGAUAACUAUGGAGGCCGUCCUUAGAGCCCUUUAUUACUUUUCCUCUUCGUAUUUUUAAGGAAUUUGAUUAUUUUAGGGUUUUUAGAGUUUUAAUUCCAAUUUGGAGUUGUUUAUAUUAAUUUUAUUCUUUUAUUUGUUAAUACAUAUCUGAA